AUGAGACCUACUCAGGCGCUUCAGGGCGGCGGUGCUCCCCAGCCCAAGAUCGGCCACUGGCUCGGCGACUGGGGCUCCUUUGGUGGUGCUAAGCAGAAGGGCGUCGUCACGUUUGGCAUCUCCGCCAACCGACAGAACCCCUUUGCCGGUGCCGCUCACGACGCCAUCUUCAACACCUUCCGCCGCACCAAGUCUCAGAUCUUCUACUGGCUCCCCCCUAUGCUGGCCGGCUACUACCUGCUGAGCUGGGCUACCGAGAGGAACCACUACCUCAACUCCAAGGCUGGCCGUGCUGAGUUUGCCGACGAGGAGGAGUAAAACGGUGCAUGGGGCUUGUUGGAAAAUGAACGUCCGGGGGACAGUGUACAUCAGCGUCUAGACUGGAGAAAAUAGAACGGUUGACUCCAU